GUCGUUAUUUAUUCGAAGGUUUCAGUAUAGACCGGUAUAGCUUGGAUUUCUUUCUUUUUAUCGCCACAUGGUAUAACGAAGUACUUUUCUACUCCUUAACUCACUUAACCGGCGAAGCAGAAAAAGUCCUAGAAAGCACAUCAGAAUUUUGUUGACCUCUUGAGUAGUGUAUCAGGUGUAUGAAUAUAUCUUAUGGUUGAACGUGCCACGAAAUAUCGUCCUUCUUCACCUCGUAUGUGUAUAUAAGGGUUAUCAGAUGUGUAGUGUUAUAAGAUGAUUUUCAAAGAUGUUAGUAGCACUAGUCUCUCGUGGGAGUUACGUCUAGUAAUUCAGUUUGUUUUAGUUGUUUCUGUAACGCUGAGGCUGGCAUCAGCUAGCGAAGACGGUACCAUCAUCUUUCCUCCUCUACCUAAGGAUGAGCCGUACAAACUUCAACCGAAUGCAGAAACUAAUUCAAAUGGACUCAUCGAUAUUUCUGCCGGGAUCGCGAAUAUCCUCAGAAGCCAGCCACCUUAUGACGUCAUUAAUGAAAUCGUUUCUAAUAAGUCUUUUAAUAGCAAAAAGGUCAUUCAAUAUGAAGGACCCAUGAUUACUCUAGCAGCAAUAUCACUGACAUUUGCUUUAGCCAUGCCAAUCACUGGAUUGAUUGUCUGCUGUCGCUGUUUAGACCAUAAAUGUUGUGGAACUCUUAAUGAAGACAAAAAGUUAGAUAUCCGUCCGACAAAGAAGCGAAAGCUGUAUGCUUUGGCACUCAUAGUUUGUUCUAUAUUUCUUAUAACUGGUGCCAUUAUCAUUUUUGCAUCCACCUCCAAAAUGACUGGCACUUUACCCAAAGCAAGAACGACAUUUGAUGAUGCUUUUGAUGAUAUCGUUACCUACAAAAAUAAUAGUUUUAAGAAAAUGAACCACAUUGUUGGGCCGGAAAUGUUGAUAGUUCUUGAUAAUGUUAUCAAAGAGAUUGUUGGGCUGGGGGAGGACAUAGUAAACCCAAUCAUCAAACAGGGCGGUCCACUUGUUAUUAAUCUGGUCAACUCGGCCAUUAAACUUAACAAAGAUAUAACAAGCUCACUUAAUCUUCUUGAAGAUGUACAAAAUACAGUAUCAUCAUUGGUUUCCGAUGGUAAAAAACUAGAUGAGGUUUUAUCUGAGUCAAGACAAAACAUAUCAGAUGCAAGAAGUGAAUGCAAUUCACCAAUCCCAAAAGAUGAAUGUAAAUCAAUACCAAAUGAAAAGCUGCUUACUGGUGAAGCUAACUUCACUCAGGUCCCAAAUAUCACCGAUACAAAGAACAGAGUGCAGGAUGUUGUGAACACCAAYUUGACUCAAGAAGCUGAUAAGGGUAACAAGUCCUUUCAUAAUCUUCCAAAGAAAGUUCAAAACAUGGCCUCAAACUUUACAUCAGGCUUCGAGAAUUACACGAGCGAAGUGAAAAACAUCUCGACAGACUUUUUAAGACCGUUAGAAGACAAAGUGGAUAACAAACAUUGCGUAUAGUUUGAGCGGGACGUUGGUUUUCAUCAUGGUUAUUCUAGCUCUAUCGGGCAUCAUACUUGGUAUGAUUGGAGCGAGUACCUUUGACACUCCGAGUACCAGAGGAAACAUGUCUGACCGUGGUGGAAAGAUUUUGAUUGGGUGGGAGGACUACGAAGUCGCAACCGGACUGUACCAGCAAGACCCAAAGAUACGACUAGCAACGUUUCGCUCUGUAAUGGGGAAGGAAUGUCUGCAMAUAUUCCUUAAUCUCAAGUUAAGUGACGAAGAAAAGAACGACGUAAACACAUGCUUAAACGCGCUAGAAGCCUACUUCAAACCAAAGCGCAACGUGGUGUACGAACGAUAUCUGUUCAACAGCUGUACUCAAGGCCCAGAAGAAACCGUAGAUGGCUACACUGGGUCGAGUCGGAUUUGCAUUGCAUCGUGGGACUGUUUCAGGGGACAAAAUAGUCGCCAUCUUGGAAAUACGUCCGCUAAAACAAAAUGCACUGCAAUAGACAGUCACUGCAAUACCAACUCGACCUCAACCUCAUACGAACGUUAUUUUCAGACCAUUGAUAACCCUGAUGUGAUGAAACCACUGACUUUGACCUAUAAGAAUAAAGCACUUGAGGUUAUCGUCAACGAUGUAUUAAGUCAAUGUGAAGAGAACAAAGCACCUUGGACUGUACUUAAGAUGGAUAAUCUCUUCAAUCUUUCAUCGAUACAAAACUACAGAGAUAAAAUUCCCGAUUUGGAUGAAGUCUUUAAAGACAUAAACAAGACUGUUUCAGACACGUCUGUGUUGACAGACAAAGCAAAGAAAAGCAUCAACGACUCGCUUGAUGCUGGAGUGCAGAAUAUCAACUUCACUGAAUACUCGCAACAGACUGAUAAAGGAAUAGUCCAAGUAUCCCUGACCAGCUUUGCUGAGAAUAUCACAAGAGUAGCCAAAAAGACAACAGGGAACGUAAAGACCAAGCUACAAGGCACAGCAGACACGUUGGUGAACUUCGACACUAACACUGUACAACCAGCACAACAGAAAUCAGAACGUCUUAAAAAACUUGUUAAUAAACUUCAGAUUGAAGCCAACAACAUUGUGAAUGGUGUGGACAAAAUUGGUAAUGAUUUAGUUAAGAUUGAGAAAUUUAUCGUAGAUGACGCCGUAAGAAUAGCAGUACAGGGUGUCACAAAGCAUACUGAUAAUAUAUUGAACGACGUCGAUCAGUUGUUAGAUCACGUGAUCAAUCAGGUCCGUUUUGAUGUAGGUCGCUGUAGGCCCGUCCAUAACAUGUACUCUUCAAUCACAUCCAAUGUUUGUUCAGACUACUUUGGAAACCUUAACGCAUCGUGGAUUGGUUUUGGGCUCUGUGCACUCUUCUCUUAUUUGAUCAUUAUCCUUACCUUACGUGCUGCCAAGCACUUCCGUAGAUCUCACCAAAAUGAUGUUAGAGAUUCAGACAAGUGGGACGACAACGUCGAGAUGCCGUGGGAGUCAGGUUUCGAAAUGAAUGAGCCAAAACAUCAGCUGAUCGGGACAUGAUGUUACCAAGGAAACACUUCAAGUUUUUUUUUGUAAUGUAAAAUAUGG